AUGCUGAAUAACCUGACAGAGUGUGAGGAGGGAGAGGGGGGCACCAGCCAAGGAGAUGGAAACCCCAAGGAAAGUUCUCCAUUUAUCAACAGCUCAGAAAUGGACACAGGGAAGAACAUGGCCCUGUUUGAGGAGGAAAUGGACACCAGCCCUAUGGUCUCAUCUAUGCUCAGUGGACUGGCCAAUUACACCAACCUGACGCAGGGAGUUAAAGAGCAUGAAGAAGCUGAGAACAAUGAAGGGGCCAAAAAGAAGCCAGUACAGGCUCCUCGGAUGGGCACCUUUAUGGGUGUGUACCUCCCUUGUCUGCAGAACAUUUUUGGAGUAAUCCUCUUUCUGCGACUCACUUGGGUUGUUGGAGUUGGUGGUGUCCUGGAGUCUUUCCUGAUGGUACUGAUGUGUUGCUCCUGUACUAUGCUGACUGCUAUCUCAAUGAGCGCCAUCGCUACCAACGGAGUUGUGCCAGCUGGUGGCUCAUAUUACAUGAUCUCUCGUUCGUUGGGCCCAGAAUUUGGAGGAGCAGUGGGUCUUUGCUUCUAUCUUGGAACCACAUUUGCGGGAGCGAUGUACAUCCUGGGGACUAUUGAAAUCCUACUGACAUAUAUUUUCCCUGGAAUGGCCAUCUUUGAAGCGCAAGAAGCUAGAGAUGAACCUGCGGCUCUGCUGAAUAACAUGCGCGUGUACGGCACCUGCGUGCUCACUUGCAUGGCUGUUGUGGUCUUUGUGGGAGUGAAAUAUGUCAAUAAAUUUGCCCUGUUGUUUCUGGGCUGUGUGAUCCUGUCCAUCUUUUCUAUAUAUGCUGGGGUCAUCAAGUCUGCAAUUGACCCUCCAAACUUCCCUAUUUGCCUCCUCGGUAACCGGACUCUUGUCAGAAAAGGUUUUGACGUCUGUGCCAAGUUCAUUGAUACUGGUAAUGAGACCGUUACCACUAAGCUGUGGGCAAUGUUUUGCUCCUCACCCUUCCUGAAUGCAACAUGUGAUUUGUACUUCUCUCUAAACAAUGUGACUGAAAUACAGGGAAUUCCAGGAGCAGCCAGUGGUCUCAUCAAAGAAAAUCUCUGGGGGAAUUACAUGCCGAAGGGGAUAAUAGUAGAGAAACUAGGAAUUCCUUCUGUUGAAACUUCUGAUGCCAUAAACCUUGACCAGCCAUACGUCUUCAGUGACAUGACCACAUACUUCACCCUCCUAGUAGGGAUCUAUUUCCCCUCAGUUACAGGCAUUAUGGCUGGCUCUAACAGGUCUGGGGAUCUCCGAGAUGCUCAGAAGUCCAUCCCCAUUGGCACCAUAAUGGCCAUAGCCACAACAUCCUUUGUUUAUAUUACUACUGUUAUUCUUUUUGGAGCUUGUAUUGAAGGCGUGGUCCUGCGUGACAAGUUCGGCGAAGCUGUGAAUGGAAAUUUGGUAGUGGGCACAUUAGCCUGGCCAUCCCCCUGGGUGAUUGUGAUUGGCUCCUUCUUCUCUACAUGCGGGGCUGGUUUGCAAAGUCUGACAGGAGCCCCACGUCUGCUGCAGGCCAUAUCACGGGAUGGAAUUGUACCUUUCCUUAGAGUGUUUGGCCAGGGUAAGGCAAACGGGGAACCAACCUGGGCCCUUUUACUCACUGCCUGUAUUUGUGAGAUUGGGAUCCUAAUUGCAUCACUUGAUGAAGUGGCUCCUAUCCUUUCCAUGUUUUUCUUGAUGUGUUACAUGUUUGUGAACUUGGCCUGUGCUGUGCAGACUUUACUCAGAACUCCCAACUGGAGGCCUCGCUUCAAAUAUUACCACUGGACACUAUCAUUUCUGGGAAUGAGCCUUUGUCUUUCACUGAUGUUUAUCUGCUCAUGGUACUACGCUCUGGUCGCCAUGCUCAUUGCAGGUCUUAUCUACAAAUAUAUUGAAUAUCGAGGGGCAGAAAAAGAGUGGGGUGAUGGCAUCCGUGGUCUGUCUCUCAGCGCUGCUAGAUAUGCUCUUCUGCGUUUGGAAGAGGGACCACCACAUACAAAGAACUGGCGACCUCAGCUACUGGUUCUCGUCAGAGUAGAUCAGGAACAAAAUGUUGUUCACCCUCAACUUUUGUCUCUCACCAAUCAGUUGAAGGCAGGGAAAGGUUUGACCAUUGUUGGCUCUGUGCUAGAGGGUACCUACCUAGAGAACCACCCGCAAUCUCAGAGGGCAGAAGAGUCUAUACGUCGAAUCAUGGAGGCAGAAAAAGUAAAGGGUUUCUGCCAAGUGGUUAUUUCUUCCAAUGUACGGGAUGGAAUUUCCCAUUUGAUUCAGUCCAGUGGCCUUGGAGGACUGCAGCAUAAUACAGUUCUGGUUGGUUGGCCACGAAAUUGGAGGCAGAAGGAAGACCAUCAGACCUGGAGGAACUUCAUUGAGCUUGUAAGAGAAACAACAGCCGCUCGCCUGGCUCUGAUUGUUACGAAAAACGUAGCUAUGUUCCCAGGAAAUCAGGAGCGUUUCUCUGAAGGCAACAUUGACGUAUGGUGGGUGGUCCAUGAUGGAGGGAUGUUGAUGCUGCUGCCUUUCCUCUUGCGCCACCACAAGGUCUGGAGGAGAUGCACAAUGAGGAUCUUCACAGUGGCUCAGAUGGAUGAUAACAGCAUUCAGAUGAAGAAAGACCUGACCACUUUCCUAUACCAUCUUAGAAUUAAUGCUGAGAUAGAAGUGGUGGAAAUGCAUGACAGUGAUAUAUCUGCCUACACCUAUGAGAAGACCCUAGUCAUGGAGCAGAGAUCUCAAAUACUGAAGCAGAUGCAUCUGACCAAAACUGAACGUGAGAUAGAGAUUCAGAGCAUUACAGAUGAAUCACGUGGAUCCAUAAGACGUAAAAACCCUACUAACUCCCGACUUCACCUUAGUGUUCCAGAAGAGCAUGUGGGCGAGGGGGAAGAGAAAUCUGAGGAAGAGGUACAGUUAAUUCAUGACAAGAAUACAACAGAACUUUCUGUUAGCCCCCAAUCAUCAGCUGAGGAACCAGACACAUCUAUAGAAAAGGUCCACCUCACUUGGACGAAAGAAAAAUUCACAGCUGACAAGAACAAGAGUAAAAGUCCUAGCACUCCAGAAGGCAUAAGAGAUUUUUUCAAUAUGAAACCUGAGUGGGAGAACUUGAACCAGACAAAUGUCAGAAGAAUGCACACAGCAGUGAAACUGAAUGAAGUUAUUGUGAAAAAAUCUCAUAAUGCAAAACUUGUUCUUCUAAAUAUGCCAGGGCCACCACGCAACAGAAAAGGGGAUGAGCACUACAUGGAAUUUCUGGAGGUUCUCACAGAGCACCUGGAUCGUGUAAUGCUGGUUCGUGGUGGAGGACGCGAGGUCAUCACCAUUUACUCUUGAGCAGAACCUAGAUGAAGUUUUUGUGGCACUUCACAAACGGCUUCAGCCUCUCUCCACAAUAAAAGGAAUCCAGGAGACUAGGAGGGAGGAUGGGGCAUCAUAUGAAUAGUGCUCAGAAACUUCACCUGCUCCCACCAUGUUCCUUUAAUGCCCUAACAUCUGAACUGCAGCACCAGAUCUUCCAUUCCAGCACAAGUGCAACUGUUCCUCAAACGUUUGUCAGUCGCACUGAUGAAAUACAUAUAAAUAUAUAUAUAAAAAUCCUAAAUUUUAUGUACAUUUCUUAAACUAAGCCGCACUGCUUAAGAUGCUACCAAUACUGGCCCCUUUGUGCAUCCUGUGAUUUACUGUU